AGCUCUGAUCAUAUUAAAGCCAUUGUUAUUAUGACUUUGAGCUUCGAGAACUGUGCUAGGAUAUUGUGUUCUUUCUUAUAUAUACUUCCUUAGUUUUUCCAUAAACACAAAGGAAGAAAAGAGGUCAGGUUUCUUGCUCAGCUUUUGUGUUUCCUCCAUUCAUCUUUUCCCAUUCAGUUUGAGCAUAAAUUCAGGAUCUUGUUCUUUCUUGAUACUACAAUCUGUGUUCUUCCAAAAUACCACUAGUUUUCUUUAAGGGAUACCCACUAGUGUUCUUCCAAAGCCACCUGUUUCUGCCUGUCCCUUUUGUUAUAAUUUAGUUGAAGAUUGUCUUUUUCUCUUAAAAGAGAAAUGCUCAUGUAAGACAUCAUCCAUAUGAUGCACUUGAAUUCAAGCCAAGCACCUCCUGCUUGUGGUUGUUUUUGUCAAUGUUGCUUCAUCCAUCUUGAAUUUCUCUUGUGCCUGAUAAUCUUGUUUUGAUUCAAUAACAUCAUGAAGAGCAUCGAGGCUAUUAGUCAUGCCCUUUUUGUUAUGUUCAUCCUCUCUCUGAGUACAAGGUGCUGUGGACAAGUAGACCUUGAUGUAGCUCCAAUGGAGAAAACAGAACAGGAAGCUCUAUACUCCACGAUUCAAGGCUUUGUUGGCAAUUCGUGGAAUGGUUCGGAUCUCUAUCCAGAUCCUUGUGGUUGGACUCCUAUUCAGGGGGUUUCUUGUGAUCUGUUUGAUGAAUUUUGGUACGUUACUGCCUUGAACAUUGGACCCAUCCAAGACAAUUCACUAAGUUGUGCUCAAAAUUUGGAAUUUAGACCACAGUUAUUUGAGCUCAAGCACCUGAAAAUUCUAUCCUUCUUCAAUUGUUUUCAAUCACAAAACAGGAUUCCAGUUACCAUCCCCACUAGAAACUGGGAGAAAUUGGCUGGCAGCUUAGAAUCACUGGAGUUUAGAUCAAACCCGGGUCUCAUUGGACACAUUCCUUCAAGUUUUGGUGUCCUGAAGAACCUCCAAUCACUAGUAGUACUACAAAAUGGUGUAACAGGUGAAAUACCACCAGAAAUUGGCAAUCUUAUCAAGUUGAAGAGGCUUGUUCUUGCUGGAAACAAUUUUACUGGGAGGAUUCCAGAUGUUUUUGGUGGAUUAAUUGAUUUAUUGAUAUUUGAUUUAAGUAGAAAUUCAUUAUCUGGAACUUUACCUUUGACACUUGGAAGCUUAACUUCAGCAUUGAAGCUUGAUCUAAGCCACAACCGUUUGGAAGGGAAUCUGCUCAAUGAAUUUGCUAAUCUUAAGAACCUGACCCUUAUGGACCUUAGGAAUAACAGAUUCUCUGGUGGGUUGACCUUGUCUUUUCAAGAAAUGUAUUCCCUAGAAGAAAUGGUUUUGUCUAACAAUCCAUUAGGUGGAGACAUGAGGACCCUAAAGUGGGAAAACCUUCAGAACUUGGUCAUUUUGGAACUAUCUAACAUGGGGUUGUCUGGGGAAAUCCCUGAGUCUAUAUCAGAAUUAAAGCGAUUGAGAUUUUUGGGACUUAGUGACAACAACCUCACAGGCAACCUGCCACCAAAGCUAGAAACACUUCCUUGUCUCAAUGCACUCUACCUAAGUGGAAACAAUCUAGCAGGAGAGCUUAAAUUUUCUAGUGAGUUUUUUGGAAAAAUGGGAAGACGUUUUGGGGCAUGGAACAACCCCAACCUUUGUUACCUAGUUGGAGUAAUGUCAAAAAACCAAGUUCCAUAUGGGGUAAAACCAUGCCAGCAAGAGGUCAAUUUGCUAGAAUCUAAUACAAAAACUGAGCUGCUCAAUGGGGAUAUGAACGAGACUUCCCAUUUCAUACCCGCUAUGGCAAUUUCUAGUUGUGCUACUAAUGGCUUCUGGUGGACUAUUCUGGAACAAAUAUUGAUGAUGGGUCUAUUCCUAAAUUCUUAUAUGGCUCUUUAAUCAAGAUUAGUCCAACUUGGGCUUUAACCUUUUAGGUGUUGCAGCAACUUGUCUUUUAUAUUUUAUUCUAAUCUUCCAACAUGUUAUCUUUUUAUUGUUUUCAUUUUUGCUUUUGCUUCUUUUUUCUUUUUCUUUUUCUGAUAGUGUGUUGUCUUGUUACAAGUUCUUCAAUAUUGUAACAUGCAUAUACUGAUGGAAGUAAACCACACUAUGUAGCUUUAAGGGAACAGGGUACUUUUUGUUUAAA